UUGGUAGGAUUCUUUCUGUCCUUUGCAGUUAUGGCUCGUACAAAGCAAACUGCCCGCAAGUCCACCGGCGGCAAAGCCCCUCGCAAGCAGUUGGCCACCAAGGCUGCCCGCAAGAGCGCCCCGGCCACCGGCGGCGUGAAGAAGCCUCACCGCUACCGGCCCGGCACCGUGGCUCUGCGCGAGAUCCGGCGCUACCAGAAGUCCACCGAGCUGCUGAUCCGCAAGCUGCCGUUCCAGCGCCUGGUGCGCGAGAUCGCUCAGGACUUCAAGACCGACCUGCGCUUCCAGAGCUCGGCCGUCAUGGCGCUGCAGGAGGCCUGUGAGGCCUACCUGGUUGGUCUGUUUGAGGACACCAACCUGUGUGCCAUCCACGCCAAGCGAGUCACCAUCAUGCCCAAGGACAUCCAGCUGGCCCGCCGCAUCCGCGGGGAGAGGGCAUGGCGCUCACUUGGAGCUGGUGUACUUGGUGACGGCCUUGGUGCCCUCGGACACCGCGUGCUUGGCCAGCUCCCCGGGCAGCAGCAGACGCACGGCCGUCUGGAUCUCCCGGGACGUGAUGGUCGAGCGCUUGUUGUAAUGCGCCAGGCGAGAAGCCUCGCCCGCGAUGCGCUCGAAGAUGUCGUUGACGAACGAGUUCAUGAUGCCCAUGGCCUUGGAGGAGAUGCCGGUGUCGGGGUGAACCUGCACCUUGUACACGUUUCUCCUUUUACUCCAAUAAUGGCUCGAACUAAGCAGACCGCUCGCAAGUCCACCGGCGGCAAGGCCCCGCGCAAGCAGUUGGCCACCAAGGCUGCCCGCAAGAGCGCCCCGGCCACCGGCGGCGUGAAGAAGCCUCACCGCUACCGGCCCGGCACCGUGGCUCUGCGCGAGAUCCGGCGCUACCAGAAGUCCACCGAGCUGCUGAUCCGCAAGCUGCCGUUCCAGCGCCUGGUGCGCGAGAUCGCUCAGGACUUCAAGACCGACCUGCGCUUCCAGAGCUCGGCCGUCAUGGCGCUGCAGGAGGCCAGCGAGGCCUACCUGGUGGGUCUGUUUGAGGACACCAACCUGUGCGCCAUCCACGCCAAGCGAGUCACCAUCAUGCCCAAAGACAUCCAGCUGGCCCGCCGUAUCCGCGGCGAGAGGGCGUAAUUUUGAUUUUCAAAUUGGACAAACACAAAGGCUCUUUUCAGAGCCACCUACAAGUUUCUAUGUAAAGGGCUGCUACAAAGUACCAUGUUUGAACUAACUAGAUUUUACGUUCUUAAAUUUAUGAUAUUUUGUGUCCUGUUUGCCUCCUAAAAAUUGACAGUAAAAGUGGAGUUAGGUCUGGAGUGCAGUAGGGUCGUAGCAUUUUUCUCAAUUCAAGUAUAUUGUGCUCCUGUAUAUCUAUAAUUCUAGAUCUUGGGUGGGUGAGGUAGUAUCAGCUGAAGAAGAGUCUCAACAAGACGGCCACCUCACGUGCACCUCUAACUUCCUAAUACCUUGUCUUUAAGAGAAUGGGGUUUCAGGUAUAGUUGAAAUUUAAAGCAGACUUUAAUAAUAAAGUAGCCAGACAAUAACAUUUAAUUGGAUUAUGGCUCCUAAGGGUAUCAGAUUUUAACAGAAAACUGAAUUGGAUUGUAUAUUCCUUUUUCUUUUAAACCUUAUUUUGUUUUGGAAAUUAUAUGGAAAGUUCCCAUAUUCUUGGGAGUUACAUGUUGAAAUAUUCAGGGAUAAAGUUUGAUGUUGUAUGAAGUUUACUUUCUAAGGCUUCAGACCAUUAAGUUUCUCUCUCUCUCUCUCUCUCUCUCUCUCUCUCUCUCACACACACACACACACACACACAAUUACAGUUGUUGCUGGUGGUAGAUGAUAAAAUUAUGUCUAAUUUCAUUCUGUAUUUUUAUUAAAAAUUGUGGGAAAUUAAAUGGAUAAUAAAAUUAUGUUAGAGACCCU